AUGGCCGACUUCCUCGAGGCGGCGGCGACGUCGAGCACGGGUGCUGCAGUCGUGUCGAUGCCGGCCGGUUGCCUGCUCAACGACACGGUGUACACCAGCCUGCCGGGCUCGGACUCGGACAGUGCCGGUUGUGCUACAGCCGGCAGCGACCGACAAUACGCCGGACCGAACAGUCUGACGGGCUUUGGCGCUGCCAUGGACGGCUUCUGCGAGGCUCGUGGCACUCCGAGGUUGGGCUCUGCCGUCAAGAGCCACUUGCUCGCCUCUACCGCGUCGGCAACCAACUCCGCCUCGUCGGGCCCACCACCACCGCCGCCGCUGCCGCCACCGCCCCCGAUGCUCCCACUCCCUCCGCCACCGCCACCGCCGGCGCCAACACCGCCGCUACAGGCGCCGAUCAUUGGUGAUCCGUUUGGCGGUGAUCUAUUGCGAACCAACGGACUGCUGGCCGCUGAGGACGAGCGUAUGUUGGCCUCAGAGUUGGCCGGACAGAGACAACAAAUGAUGCUGACUGCUGCCGGUUUGGUACCGGUGCCAAUGCCGGGGCCGCGCAACAUGAGUCAACAGGAGCACUGCCAGCGGCUAGCCUUCAGUCCGGCCAAUAGGCAUGUCUUACGCGUAACCAUGGACGAGGGACGCCUCCCCGCACAGACAAAAGGUAAGCAUUCUCGAGGAGCGAUGUCGACUUACUCUGAUCCGUCUCUAUGCCGCAUGAUCCGAACCGAUCCGACUCAAUACAGCGUCAUCAGACCCGAGCAUAUCCGAUCUGAUCCG